AUGGAGACCUUGGAAGGAGGUGAAUUCUGCUUUCCACAGCUGCUGAACAUCUCCUGCAGGAAACCAGUGCAGCAUCAUGCAGAAACUGUAUUCCUUUACAUCCUGCUCUCCUCCAUUUCUCUGCUCACUGUGACUCUCAACCUGCUGGUUGUCAUCUCCAUCUCCCACUUCAGGCAGCUCCACACCUCCACCAACCUCCUCCUCCUCUCUCUGGCUGUAUCAGACUUCCUUGUUGGAUUCGUGCUGAUGCCCAUUCAGAUUCUCUUCAUUGGCGGCUGCUGGGUUUUAGGGAGUUUUGUGUGUGGUUUGUUUUAUUAUGCUUCAUUCAUCCUUACAUCUGCUUCAGUAGGAAACAUGGUGUUAAUAUCUGUCGACCGAUAUGUGGCUAUUUGUGACCCUCUGCAAUAUCCCACUAAAGUCACUCCAAGAAGAGUGAGAGUCUGUGUGUGUCUGUGUUGGGCCUUUUCUGUGUUUUAUAAUGGUUUGAUGUUGAAUGACUUUCUAAAACAUCCAGAUCGAUAUAAUUCCUGCUAUGGAGAGUGUAAUGUUGUAAUUGACCCCAUCACAGGAGCUGUUGAUGCUCUUUUAACCUUCAUUGGGCCCAUUACUGUCAUUGUAGUUCUGUAUAUGAGAGUAUUUGUGGUGGCUGUGUCUCAGGCUCGUGCCAUGAGAUCCCGUGUUGCAUCAGUCCCACAGCAGCGUUCAGGGACUGUAAUCGCUAAGAAAUCUGAGCUGAAAGCAGCCAGGACACUGGGUGUUGUUGUGCUUGCUUUUCUUCUGUGCUCCUGUCCAUAUUAUUGUUUUACUGUUGCUGCUGAUUAUAACUUACCUGGUUCAUCAACAGGAGCAGCUGAGCUGUGGUUGUUAUAUUUUAACUCCUGUCUGAACCCUGUCAUCUAUGCUUUGUGUUAUCCAUGGUUCAGACGGUCUAUUAAACACAUUUUGACACUUCAGAUACUGCAGCCUGGUUCUCGUGAGGCCAAUAUACUGUAA